UAGAAGAUAAUGGCGAACGUAGUGGUGAAGGAGGUGCUCCUACCGAAGCCGACGGUUGUAUGCUACGCGCCGACGAUGAUCACGACGCACGGGAUAUGGCAGGGCGACAACCCUUUGGAUUAUUCUCUCCCUCUCUUCAUUCUCCAGUUAACUUUGGUCGUGGUCACCACGCGCAUCCUUGUAUUGAUCUUGAAACCCUUCCGGCAGCCGCGCGUGAUCUCUGAGAUUCUCGGCGGGAUCAUAUUGGGGCCGUCGGUGCUGGGGAGAAACCAGACGUUUGCUGUGUCGGUGUUUCCCCUGAGAAGCGUGAUGGUUCUUGAAACGAUGGCGAAUAUGGGGCUUCUUUAUUUUCUUUUUCUGGUGGGGUUGGAGAUGGAUCUGACGGUGAUUCGCCGGACGGGGAAACGGGCGUUGGCCAUCGCGAUCGCCGGGAUGGUUCUGCCGUUCUUGAUCGGCGUUUCUUUCUCCUUCACGCUUCACAAAGGGUCGCAGAUGAUGCAGCAAGGGACGUUUAUUCUCUUCCUCGGCGUGGCCCUCUCGAUCACGGCGUUUCCCGUUCUGGCGAGAAUCUUGGCGGAGCUGAAGCUUCUGAACAGCGAGAUCGGGAAGAUCGCCAUGUCCGCCGCGCUGAUCAACGACGUCUGCGCGUGGAUUCUACUCGCGCUCGCGAUCACCUUGGCGGAGAACGAGACCAUAUCGUUGGCGGCCUUCUGGGUUUGUCUCUCCAGCGCCGCCUUCGUGUGCUUCUGCGUCUUCGUAAUCCGGCCGUUGAUCGAAAUGCUUAUCCGGCAGACCCCGGAGGGGGAGACGGUGAGCGAAUUCUACAUCUGCCUUAUACUCACCGGCGUUAUGGUGGCCGGAUUCAUAACCGACGCCAUCGGGACACAUUCCGUUUUCGGGGCGUUCGUGUUCGGGUUAGUGAUUCCCAACGGGUCGCUCGGGCUGACGCUUAUAGAGAGAUUGGAGGAUUUUGUGUCUGGGCUUUUGUUGCCGCUGUUCUUCGCCAGCAGCGGGCUCAAGACGGAGAUGAGCGCCAUAACCGGCGUCGGAACGUGGUCCAUUUUAGCCCUUGUCAUCAUUCUUUCCUGUGCCGGAAAAGUCGCCGGAACUCUUCUCGUGGCUCUCUACUACAAAAUGCCUUUUCAUGAAGGUCUUAUGCUUGGUCUGCUCAUGAAUGCCAAAGGCCUUAUUGAGAUGAUCGUUCUCAACGUUGGUAAAGACCAACGGGUACUAGAUGCGGAGGCAUUUGCCAUAAUGAUAGUGGUGGCAUUGAUAAUGACGGCAAUCAUCAGCCCACUGGUGACAGCAAUCCACAAGCCAGGAAGAAAAUCCGUACCCUACAAAAGAAGAACAGUCCAAAGAACAAAACCCGACAGCGAAUUCCGAAUCUUGGUCUGCGUUCACACCCCAAGAAAUGUCCCGACCAUCAUUAAUCUCCUCGAAGCUUCAAACCCCACCAAGAAAUCCCCCAUCUGCGCCUACGUCUGCCACCUCGUCGAGCUCACCGGCCGCGCCUCCGCCAUGCUCAUCGUCCACAACACCAGAAAAACCGGCCGCCCCGCGCUCAACCGCUCGCAGGCGCAGUCCGACCACAUCAUAAACGCCUUCGAGAACUUCGAGCAGCACGCCGGCAACGUCUCCGUCCAGCCCCUCACCGUCAUCUCCCCCUACUCCACCAUGCACGAAGACAUUUCCAGCUUCGCGGAAGAUAAGCGCGUGGCCAUCGUCAUCAUACCGUUUCACAAGCAACAAACGGUCGACGGCGGAAUGGAGUCCACCAAUCCGGCGUUCCGCGCCAUCAACCAGAACGUCCUGGCUAACGCUCCUUGCUCCGUCGGAAUCCUCGUUGACCGAGGUUUAAGCGGCUCCACCCGGCUAGCCGCCAGCCAGGUGUCCCACCACGUCGCCGUUUUAUUCUUCGGCGGACCGGACGACCGGGAGGCGUUAGCGUACGGGUGGAGAAUGUGCGAACACCCUGGGACUAGUUUGACGGUUAUGCGGUUUGUUCCCGGAGAUUCCGCCGUAGAGUCGUCGGAUGCUGGUAGCAUAAGGAGCACUAAAAACUCGGGAGUUCUAACGGUGGUGACGGACGUGGGCCGGGAGAAGCAGCUGGACGAGGACUACGUAAACCAGUUCCGGGCAAAAACGGCGGAGGACGAGAACGUGGCGUACACGGAGGUAGUGGUUAACCACGGCGAGGAAACGGUGGCGGCGAUAAGGUCAAUAGACAGUAUGCACGACCUUUUCAUAGUGGGAAGAGGGCAGGGGACCACAUCGCCGCUGACGGCGGGAUUGACGGACUGGAGCGAGUGCCCGGAGCUCGGCCCCAUCGGAGAUUUAAUGGCGUCGUCGGACUUCGCCUCCACGGUGUCGGUUCUGGUGGUGCAACAAUACGUCGGAAUUGGGAACGACGCUGACCCGCUAGCCACGCCGGAUACUCCGACCAACGAUCAGCCCCAACUGCAGCCCCAACUGCAGCCCUAA